AUUGCUUUGUCUCCACUUUUAGGUCCUUUUUUUGAAUCAAAGAAAUUUGAAUCUUUUUUCAAAACAUCAAGAAAGACAUCCAACUACAUCUGCUCCCUUGUGAAGGGAGACCUGCGGGCAAGGCAAUCAAACUUCACUGGUUCAAAUGGGAAGCCACUGUCUGUAACUGACUAAGUAACUUUUGCUCUCAGGAGGCUCGGCUCUGGCGAAUCAUUGUCAAACACUGGCGACUUGUUGGGGAUCAACCAAUCAUUUUUUUCUCAAAUAACCCGGCGAUCUGUGGUAGCAAUGGAAGAAAGAGGUCUGCACCAUCUUUGCUGGCCUUUCACAGUAACAGAGAUUGAAGAGAUUAAAUCAAAUUUUGAGAAAAUAUGUGGCCUGCCUAAUUAUUGUGGUUCAAUUGACGCUACCCGCAUUACCAUGACUCCAACAGUGGACCGAUCAAAUGGUGUAUGGAUUGAUCGUGAGAAGAACCACAACAUGCUCUUGCAAGCAACAGUGGACCCUGACAUGAGAUUCUGUGGUGUAAUUGUUGGGUACCCAGGUAGUUUAAGUGAUGCACUUGUACUGCAGAACUCGAGUUCCCACAAGCUAUCUAAGGAAGUGAAAAGGCUAAAUGAGAAAAAAAUAGAACUUCAAGGAGUGGAGUUGGGGAAGUAAAUUGGGGGCUCAGGUUUUCCCCUAUUGCCAUGGCUUCUUACUCCUUAUCAAAGCACUCUGGCAGAGUAUAACAAGCCACAUUCUGCAACUGGAGUUGUAGCACAGAUUGCGUUAGCUAGGCUGAAGGAAAUGUGGAAUAUUCAUGGGGUAAUGUGGCUGCCUGGUAAGAAUAGGUUGCCAAGGAUUAUUUUUGUUUGCUGCUUGUUGCACCAUAUUGUUAUUGACAUGGAGGAUAAGGUGCUUGAUGAGCUUCCUUCAUCUCAUCAACAUGACACAGAUUACCGGUAACAAAUUUGUGAGACUGCCAGCAAGACGGGCAUUGUUAUGCGAGAACUUUCUCUCUACCUUUCUCGAAAAUCAUCAUCUUCAACACUCUCUUCCUCAUGAGUUCUGCCAUAUAGAAAGAGCUGGAUGCCCUUUGGUUAAUUUGUUUAACAAAAGCUUUUGUGAAUCCUAUGAUGUUAAUUCUUAUAGGGUAACCAGUUCGAGUUGAA